UUUCAGUAGUAGUUUUCGCGUCGGCCGCAGCACAACGAGCAAACGGAAACCGGAAACGGAAGUGGAAGUGAAAAAGUCAGUGGCUACAAAGCACAGUUAAUCGGGCUGUGAACCGAAAGCAGUCAACAGACAACUGGGAACUGGCAAUUGAGAACUGAGAACUAAGCGCAGUGAAGUGUUUGCUUUCGGCGUUAUCAUUGGAUGCACGCGUUACCAGCUCUGAUUGCGACUAGGGAUCGGGUCAGGGAUUGGGAUUGGGAUUCAUAUACAGAUUCAGGACCACGGACGAACGGAGGAGGCGGAGAGCCGGAGAGGCGUGUCACUAGCAGGUGACUGAGCCGGUUAACCACAGUCCGACGGCAAAAACCUCCUCUCGGCCAAAUACACUGGGCCACAAUUAACCGCAUGCCAUAGCCGCAGUGAGGAAAAGCAAAUACCAAAAUCAAAACAGAACCACUCGGUGAAUGAAGGGAGAACAAUAACCGGAGAAAGACCAAAGGUGGAGUAAAAUGCGGCCUAAAUGCUUUGGCAAUUAUGCCAAUGUUGUUAACAAAAUACCAAAUGUAUCAAACUAAGUAAAGGCGACAGCGUGAAGCCGCAGGAAUUACAAAGGACCCAGGAGCAAGGACCAAGGACCAAGGGAUUGGCGACGACAGGUGGCAGGUGGUCGCUUGGGGCCUUUUCCUUCAAUUCAUUUCGUACAGGCCCGAAAACAUCCCCUUCGAUUGCCGAAAAGCAACAGAGCUCAAAUUUGAAACCCAACCCAGCCAGCCAGCCACUAGCCCCAAUUGAAACCUCAAUAGAAAUACAAACGGAAGCCGAAACAAAAACUCACUUAGGUUGCCAUCCAAAUCAACGGCUGUCAGACAAAAAGUCGCUUUUUAUUGAUUUUUAUAAAGCCAAGCAGCAACACCAAAAGCAAUGAACAGCAAAAAAUAAUAACACAGGCCGCAGGAGCAGAAACAAAAUAAAAAUAAUAACAAAAACAAAAACAAAAACAAAAAGCGAACGCAAUGUGAAUAAUUCCCCAGUUCAACCGAAGUGAGCACGAAACAGAAAUACUGUUGGAAUAGGAAUAUUCCUCACCCACACUCCCACAGCCCCAUUUUUCCCCCGUCCGCCAGGAUCUCCCACUAUAUAAUAGCCUACUAUCGGAACGUUCAUCAAAUGCGAUUCGAUUUGAUGACGUUUCAAGCAGGAGACACCGGAGAGACGGACGCACACGGGGCCCCAUAAAAAUGUGUUAUAAAAAUACACACGCAUAAAUUUCUGCCCUACCACCCUACCACAAGGACAUAAAUAUAUCAAAGCCAGGCAGGGGCAAAAUUUAAUGCAAAUGUCAUUGGAAAAGUCAAUUAGCAGGAAAGCUAACGAAAAGAGCGGAAAUGCUGCAGCUGCACAAUUGCAAAAUUGAAAAUUGAUUACGAGUACAAGUACGAGGCACACAAACAAAUAAAACGGGAGUGUGGGGCAAAACAGCAAGACUGAUUUUAGUUUAGUUAGAUUAUUUUUAAAGCAACUAUUUUGUGAGGAAAAAAAAAACAGAAACUGCAACAACGAAUUAGCCAAGCGGAAACCCUAGGAAAACAAAAAAGGAGAACCGACCCGCCCACAGAGAAAGCAAGGGAAACCGGCAACCAAGCAGCCAAGCAGCUAAGCAGCCAAACCAACUAGGGCAACAAAAGCAUCGACAUCCCCAACGAAAAGCAAACGGAUUCAUACGAAAGCAUGUUUGUGUUCAUAGCUGUGCUGUUUGUUAACGCUUGCCUAGCGGGCACCAUUCCGGCUACGCCAGAGAACAUAACCGUUACGUUUCUGACGCCCACGGCGGUCCGAGUGUCGUGGCAGACGCAAAUCGAUCUGAAGGCACAUCCCAUCGAAAAGUACAUCGUGACGUACAAGCCGACGGAUGACAGUUAUAGGGUUGUACAGGACGUCGCUGGCAGCAGCGAGGCCAUUGUCCUGGAUCGCCUGCUGCCCAGCACACAGUACUCGCUCGUUGUGACGGCCAUUUGGCAGGGCAAGAAGUACCGCAGCCGCGGUCAGAUCAAGUUCAAGACGCUGGAUCUGCCGAGGAACACCUCACAGCAGGACUUUCCGCCGGGUAUCUAUGGUAAUGGCAGCAGCGGCGGUCGCAACGGUAGCGCAAAUGCCAGCAUCUUCGGCGACGAUGUGACCUCCACAGCCACGAACACCCUAACGCAUGCAACCACCAGGGAAUUGCCCACUAUACGCGGCGUGGAGAUCGGCAUCGUCCUGAUCGUGCUGAUGGUGUGGGCCGGAGCCAUCGCGCUGUUCUUCAACCGGUGGGGCAAGAUACGGAUGCUGCUGCCCUACCAGCCGGACUACAAGCACGAGCAGCUGAAGGUGCCGGGCACGGGAGUGUGCAGUGCCAGCGGAUGCAAUGGCCAGCACUCGCAUCAGUUCGACAGCAGUGAAUGUGCCCACCCACCGUUGCACUGCAAUAGCCGCCACAUCCACAUGCUGGCCGAGGAGCACUCCACCUCCAUCUCGGAACGCUGCACGCGCAGCCGGAUCAACUCGGCCAUCUUCGUGUCCUCGGAGGGACGGGGCUUCGACUCCAUCGAGUUCCUGCGCCGCCACGGAUCCCAGAGCGUGCUCUGCCGGAAGGCCAAGAGUGCCGAGAACAUCACGGACAACGGCCGCAGGAAGAGUCUGCGCCCAUGGCGCACCGACGACGAAUCCUGCAAGCAGCAGCACCUUUCGCAGGACAGCAACGACAUCGAGCUGAAGGAGUGCGGCGGCGCUGGAGGAGAGCUGCUCCGCCUGCCGGUCAUCCACGACGGCAAGCAGUCGCCCACGGCCGUUACAAGUCUGCUGGCUCGCUCGGCGGCCAUAACCACGGCCAACAUGAUCGUGGGCAGCAUUUCACUGGAGGCACCGCCACCCUACAUGCAGGACGACGAGGGCGACACGCUGUCCACGGCGGCACUGAUCCACAGCGAUGCGGCUGCCGUGGUCCACGAGUCGCAGGACUCGGCGGAGACGGUGGAGGAACUGGUGCAUGUGCCACUUCUGGCCAGUGCCACGGCCACGGCCAGUGUGUCGACCUCGUCCUCGCCCAGCAUUGCCAUCGAGGCCAAGCCGCGGGUCCUGGUGCACCAGCGAUCCUCCACGGCAUCCUCGUCGCCGCACAGCAGCCCCAAGAACGUGGGCAAUCUCGCACUGAAGAUCGUCAAGCCCAAGAUCAGUGCCGUGCCAAUGGUUUCCGUAUCCGGUCCAUCGCCACCCAUCGAGAAGCCACCGCUGGCGGAGUGCUUGUAACAAAUGGCAGCCGAAACAUUUAUCUAAGCUCGUGCUCAAGGCAACUGGACCCCGCAUCCUGGACAGUCCUUAAAAAACCAAAAUACCAAAAGUCCC